UUUCUUUUUUUUUUUUUUCCUUUUUUUAAUUUCUAUUUUCUUUGGACUUGUCUUCAUCUAAUUUGCUAUUUGUAAUUCGCCUUUGUUAUAGCACACAAGAAACAGACACACAUCAUUAUUAGUACACCAUUCGAAAUCCUUCCUUUUUACCUACGACCAUCCAUCCAACCAGCAUUUCACAUCCGCUCCGUCAAAGACGAAAAAGAAUAAGAAAUAAAUAGCAAUGACCGGAAACCAUUCUCAUUCCUCCACCGCAGCGAAUCCAUUUUCCUCGCACAACGUUGUUGGUGUACACUACCGAGUCGGCAAAAAGAUUGGCGAAGGCAGUUUCGGUAUUAUCUACGAAGGCACCAAUUUGCUCAACAAUCAACCCGUGGCCAUCAAGUUUGAACCAAGGAAAAGCGAUGCACCCCAGUUGCGCGACGAAUACAGAACGUAUAAAAUUAUGGCAGGCUCAACCGGUAUACCCACAGCCUAUUACUUUGGUCAAGAAGGGCUUCACAAUAUCCUUGUUAUUGAUUUAUUGGGCCCCAGUUUGGAAGAUAUGUUUGAUAUUUGUGGUCGUCGAUUCUCGACAAAAACUGUUGCCAUGCUCGCAAAGCAAAUGCUGAAUCGCGUGCAGACCAUCCAUGAAAAGAAUUUGAUAUACCGGGAUAUCAAGCCUGAUAACUUUCUGAUCGGCAAACCUGGCACCAAAAUGGCAAACCAUAUUUUCAUUGUCGACUUUGGCAUGGCCAAACUGUACCGCGAUCCAAAGACCAAGCAACAUAUUCCUUACCGUGAACGCAAGAGUCUUUCCGGCACUGCACGCUACAUGAGUAUCAACACGCAUCUAGGUCGAGAACAAUCGCGCCGUGACGAUCUGGAAGCACUUGGACAUGUCUUUAUGUACUUUUUGCGUGGCUCGCUCCCAUGGCAAGGAUUGAAGGCUGCCACAAACAAGCAAAAGUACGAGAAGAUUGGUGAAAAGAAGCAGAGUACUGCUGUCAAGGAACUUUGUGAUGGAUUCCCCGAGGAAUUUGGUAUCUAUCUUCAAUACGUCCGCAAACUCGGAUUCGAAGAGACGCCCGAUUACGACUUUUUACGAGAGCUUUUCACAAAGGUCAUCAAGAAUGCGGGUGAGGUUGAAGACGGUGUCUACGACUGGAUGCUGCUCAACAACGGCAAGGGCUGGGAAACGCUCUCGAAACGCCAAGCGGCUCGUCAAGGACUUCCUGCACCUGCCAAGAAGGUUAUUGCGGACAAUCAGCGCCAGAUGACCUCGGGCAAGCAUCCCGAACCCCAGACGAGGGAGCAGCAGCCAGCUGCAGAAGCACAUCACGCUUCGGCACAAGCAACACAACGUCAUAGCCAGCAACAACAACAACAGCACCAGCACCAGCACCAGCAGCAGCCAAUACUCCAGCAAAAGAAGCCAAGUCUUCUGGCAAAACUGACGUGUGGUCUGUGUCAGUGACCAAGAAAAGGUCGAUUAGGGCAUGCGUAUUAUUCCCUGGACUAGAAGAGCAUUUUACAAAGCAGCAGCAGCAGCAGCAACGACCACAUACAAAACGAUUCUCUUUUCUUACUUAUAACCUUUCUGUCUCUGUCUCUGUCUCUCUCUCUCUCUCUCUCUCUC